CAACGAGCUUAAUCAGAGUCUAGAUUGUUUGGUUGACUUUCCUCAAUCACCCCCAAGGAAAAAGAGAGCCAAAACUGUUGUUUGAGAUGGAGAAUAGGCCUCAAGUGUUCAUCAGUUACCGAGGGAAAGACCUGCGACUGACACUAGUGCCACAUAUCAAACAUCAUCUGAAAGAUAGCAACGUAAAUGUGUUCACGGACAGCAACGCAACGGGAGAACGGUUAAAGGAACUAUUUAACCAUAUCAAAGACUCUCGGAUCGUGAUCGUCAUCUUCUCCAUAAGCUACUUGGAGUCACGGUGGUGCUUGGACGAGCUCGCUGAGAUCAGGAAUUGCUUGUUGAGGAAGCAACUUGACUUCGUGAUACCCAUCUUUUAUAAGGUCAAGACUUCCCACGUUGAGAAACAGACCGGAGAUUUUGGCAAACCGUUUCCAAACUUGCAGAAGAAGCAUCCACGCCUCAGGAUCUUGAGAUGGAAGAAAGCUUUGAGAUUUGUGGCUAAAUCAAUUGGAUUGUCUUAUAGAGAAAAUAGUUCGAUCUCCGAGUUGGACUUCAUCAAGAACAUUGUGGAAGUGGUUAAUGGGCUUUUAGGCAGAAUCGCAUUGAAAGAUAGUAACAAUACUACUACUCCACAAAUAUAUACGGGAGAAGCAUCAAAUCAGGCAGUGUUGGAUGUCAAUCAAUUAAACGAGCUCCUCCACUUGUCAGAGACAAAGGCACCAGAAGCUGUGAAUCUAGACAGAUUUUUUCGAACAAGAUUCAUGUUUGGCUUUGCAUGGAAAGAUCUAAUCUGGACGAUGCAGGGUGGCAACGGUUUCGAGAUUUCUCCUCAUGCAAACUCUCUUCAGUUUCAUAUGAAUAUUCAAAGCCCUUAAUACACAAGAAAAUGAGUCACUAGAGAAAGCUAUAAACUUGUUUGCUCUUCACAUGAUGUGCGAGCAAGCAAAUCCUGCAGUAAUCUUUAGUAACUGGGACAAACUUGAUCAGUAUACUAAGACCAUCAUCUUCUACUAUGCACGAAAGAAAUGCUACAUGCUCAUGGCCUACACUGAGGUCUUUGUCUAUCUCUGCCUCUUUGACUUUAUCUUUAGUUUGCUAGAAAUUUCCUCUGUUUUUUAUACUUAUGGUUGUGAUUACCUUAUUGCGAAUGUAGCCGUACUAGAUUUUUCC